UCUCAAACACUGAUAAAACAAUUGGGCAUUGUCCGUAUUUUUAUAUUUAUAUAGCUUACAUCAGUCAACAUAGGCUAUAACUUAAAUAUGGAAUGCUUCUUGGACAUAGGAUCUUAUUAGAGACGCACCGUAUCGCAUCAGAUAUACGAAAAUAACCCUUAUAUGACACCGGAUACGCCUUAUGACAUCAGAGGCAUGAUAAUACAUCAGAUACGUUAAAAGACACAGAAUAAGACACCAGAGGUACCAUAAGGCAUUAGAAAUCAGAAGACACCAGAGAAAUAGAUAUAUCAAUAGUUUUAUACAGCGCGACUUAGGAAGUGGAAACCGACAGGAUACAUGUGCUUUAUACAAGUGUAUGCCGAUUUCGUCUCAAUUUGUCUCGUCCAAUUUAGAAAACAGGCGGAGUAACAUAUCACACUGUCCUAUACCCUAUAUUUGAAUAACUUUCACCAGACGUUUUUGUGGAAUACCAACAUGAAGAUUUGUUUUUUUCUAUGUCUUGCACUGUCUUUAGCAAUUGUUGCAGUGCAGUCGGAACCAAUGGAACAAAGCAGUGACCGUAGUAGUAGUACGGAAAUGUCGCAUGAAGAAGAAGAAGAAGGUGAUGCGAAUCCUGAUGACUCCAAAGGUGUGCUUGUAGAAGAUGAUAUUCGUGAAGAUGAAUCGAAAUAUAAAAGUGGCGCUGAUCAGGUUAAAUUUUGGCCAGAAGGGAAGGUGUAUUUCAAGAUAGACAAGACCAGAUUAAGUGUUGGCUUGAGGAAAAAUAUCAGUGAAGCCAUGCGUAUAAUCCAGUCAAAAACACAGAUAAAAGCAAAUUGUAUUCAGUUCUUCGAAAAUACUUAUAAAAUUAGAAACAGAAACUAUGUGUUCUUAACCAGCAAAGACGGAUGCUGGUCUAGAGUAGGCAUGAAGGGUGGAAUGCAAGUCACGUCACUUGGACCCGGAUGUGGAUCCAUAGGAAGAAUAAUUCACGAGCUCUUACAUGUAUUGGGAUUUUACCACGAGCAAAGUAGAUCUGACAGAGACCGUUACAUAACAAUAAUAUGGAAAAAUAUACUGUCAGAUUAUUCUGUAAACUUUCAUAAACGAAACGACAAAAUCUACAAGAUGAAGUAUGAUUUGGAAAGCAUCAUGCACUAUCAAUCAAAUGCCUUUUCCAAGAAUGAAAAACUAAAUACUAUAGAAGUCAAAGGGUCUGCCAAAAGAGGAAUGCUAUUAGGACAGAGGAAACAUCUCAGUGCUCAAGAUAUUUAUGGAAUUAAAAAGGCCUACAAAUGCACAGCACAGGGAUCAGGAAUAUCCGCAAAGGUACCUUCUACGACAGCUGCAACUACAAAGCAAAAAUACACUAUACCUGCUUCCGGACGUUCAAGCUUUACACGGCCUACAAUCAGUCGUCGCCGACCAAUAACGAUUCGUCGCCCACCAGUAACGACUCGUCGCCCACCAGUUACCACUCGUCGACCGCCAGUAACAACGCGUCGAUCACCUAUUACAGCUCGUCGCAAACCAGUUACAACGCGGCGACCACCAGUUACCACUCGUCGACCGCCAGUAACAACACGUCGAUCACCUAUUACAGCUCGUCGCAAACCAGUUACAACGCGGCGACGGCCGGUGACCACUCGUCGACCACCACCAACCACUCGUCGACCACCACCAACCACUCGUCGACCACCACCAACCACUCGCCAGCCCGCGGUAGCAACUCGUCGUUCUUAUUAUAGCAAACGUCCUACCACACGAGCUCCAUAUAAGAGACGCACGUAUGGAUAG